CGAAAUGGAUUUUUCAAAUGACAGUCGAGUUUAUAUUCUGGAUAUGUACAACCCUGGAAUAUAUCCAUUAGAUUAUGAGGCUAGGAGAUAUAUUGAUCAGAAUGUUGAAGUAGUGAGUGGGACCACAACAAACGAGUACUUGACAAAAUUAGAUGAAGCACUUCAGGUCUACAGUCAUACCUGCUUUUUACUUCAAUAUGCUUUGCUUCUCAGUUUAUGCUGGAUGGUUUAAUCUCAAUGGAAAUAAGCUUUCAAAUGUGCUUUCACAAUGGAAUCUUGUUAAUCAGGAGAAACAAAUGUGUUAUACGUGCUGCUCUUAUCUUCUCUGAUAGAUUGUCUGCCUUACUUGGAAU